AUGUUGAAUAGUAGAAGAUCACAAAUACCUGAAUUUAACCAGACAUUCAAAUCUUAGGACUGCAGUUUACAAACUAAUAAAAUGAUAAUAUAGGAAAUGUAUUAAUGUGGAUAAUGCUUUGAUUAUCCUCAUGGGAUUUGUAAAUACUGUUUUGAGCAUUGUCAUAAGAAAACCAGAAAUGUAUAUCAUCAACAAGCAAAAUUACUAAAACUCAGGGGAAAUUUUAAGUGUGAAUGUGGAUUGUUCAAGCAUAAACAAAAAUAACUUGAUAUACAACCCUGUCCAUUGAAUUCUCAAACCUUUUGUCCUAUUUCAAAUUGCACUACUUGUAAGACUAAUCUUUGUUCAUUCUGUAUUAAAAAUUGCAAACAUACUCACUAAUAUCUCCCUGGGGAAGGGUGCAAGUGUAAUUAAUUGCAUUCCAAAUAUUAACUCAGAGUGCAUUACAUUGAACAAUUAAAGAAGUACAACAUCACGAAGACACUUAAAUACAGGCCCUAAGAUGAGUUGGCUAUGAUAAAAAUAAUCAAUGCAUUGCUCAAUAACUUUGAUCUUUUCGAACUCCUCUUUGCGGAAUUGAAAAACACAUUCGAGAAUAUUUUCAACGAACUAGAAACAGGGGACUUCAAUUAAACAUGCAUAUGGUCCUAAAAGCUGUAAUUUAUUAUUGCCUAUUGUUCUUAGAAUCGAUGUAUAAUAGGAUGAAUAAAAUUUGAAUGAAAAAAUCUUAGAACUUUUCACUGAGAAGAGAUUCCCAUAUACUGAAAUUGCAUCCAUCCAUGUGUUCAUAGAAUAGCUACUUAUGAAAUUAAAGUACAAUCUAAUAUACCUUGAUGACAAGAUAUGGCAAUGCAUGACGUCAAGUUAGAUUAAAUUCUUAGUGAGUAAUCAAUCUUAAACUAUGUUUAGGUUAAUAUCACAUAUUAUCAUAAAAUUUAUAAGAAUCAGCCAAGGAGAAGCUCUCUCAGUUGGUCUUGAAGAUUUUGAAAAUACAAUCCAUACAACUAAAAUAUCAAUUCUCCAAAUUUAGAAAAAUUGACACCUUGGACAUCGAGAACAGCACCCCAAUUUAGAGGAGCCAAAUCAGGAAGUAUAAUCAAUGUCUGGAUAAUGGAAUUUUGCAGGUGGAAUUGACCGAACUGAUUAAGAGAUACUACAGAAUCCUAUUUGAUAUUGAAAUUACCAAUCCAAUCCUAUCAAAAUUGUUAAUAGUCUUGUUGAAAUGCGUGAAGAUGGGAUUGUAAACUGGCCUGUUGAUUAAGACUCAAGUAGUGUUCAAGGUCAUCCUCAAUUUGGAGAAACUGUGCAAAGACAUUGACUAUUAUAACCAAUAGAAGAACUUUGGGUAGAUUCAAAGAUUUUUCACAGAGUAGAUGUUCAACCUCCUGAGUAAGAUAUUGAUAUUGACAUAUUUUUAAAUGAAGGACGAUUUAUUUUACGAAAUUCUGAACGAGCAGAUUAACAGGAAUGAGAAGAGACAAAUAUCAUUAAUUGAUAAAUACACUGCAUCGUUUUAUUUUGAGAAGAAGAAAAAGAAUUUGCAAAUAGAUUUGUUUUACAAUGGGGAAUCAGAGAAACUCUAAAUCAUAUGGAGAGUCUUUAUUAACAUAGUCAUAAACUAUAAUUUGAAUGGAUAAUAUUAUAAUUAGAUGAUGAAUCCUCAAACCAAAUUGAACCAUGUCAUCUAAAUAAUGUUGAGAGAAAAUCUCUUUGUAGACACAACUCUGAGGACUUAAAUUAUGUAAUUGUAGAUUGAAGACUUGUUGCUAUGGAAAUACGAAAGGUUGACCAUCUUAAAUUAGGACGUAAGCAUUAUUAUUUACUUAAGUUCUUAAGUCAAGUGGACAACUUUAAAUCUGAAUGGAAUAAGUACUUUCUAAAUUCAAUUGAAGUCUCAUUUGAAAUUGAAGAAGAGGAUCUGGAAAGGCUAUUGAAAUUAUGUAAAGAACUUCUAAACACAAAGUAUUUUAGGGAAUUAGAGAAGUUUGAAGCGAAUCAAGAGAAAAUAUGUGAAAAUCAGAAAAAAAAGAAGUAUCUAUACAAUUUAACUUAGUCAAUCAGCAAAGAAUUUGCAGGAAGAAUUAAAACAACAUUUGAAAUCAGAUAUGAAAAUCAUAAAAUAGACUCAAUAAAUACUAUACGAAAAGGGCAUAGAUCUAAUUAUCAUUCGAUAUUGUUAAUUUCUUAUUUAAAAUUAAUUUGUAAAGUUGGCCUAAUUAGAAAUUAUGAUUAAUAUUACAACUUUGAUGUUUGAAAUAUUGAAUCGGAUGAUAAAUUUCAAUUAGUAAUUGAUAAAUUAGAUUUAUACAGUAGAAAAUUAUUAAAUAUUUUAAAGAAUUGCAGAAAAGGAACUGCCUUAUUAUGGUUAAUGUGCUCUAAGGAACAUCAUAAUUAAAUUUCAUUUUGAUGUAAUACUAAAAAGUGGGUUUAUUAAUGUCUAUUAAUACUGCUUCUUAAAUCCCUAAUUCCUAUUGUAGCAUCUAAUUCAUUUGAAUGAAAUGUUGGAUGGUCAAUACGAUGAUUGCGCAGAGUUAACAUAAAAGCAUGCAUCCAGCAUUUUGUAUAAUAAGCAUUAAAUAUUCGAGUUGCUGAUUGCAAUCUUGGAGUUGAUCAUAAUAUCAAACGAAACGAAUCAUGACUACCUGCAAUUCCAUUAGUUAUGUGAGAAUCUAUACAACAAAAUAUUGCCUCAGGUGCUUAAUCAUUCGACUGAUAUAUUCACAAAGGGAAAUCAAUAUACCCCAGAUUCCUCAUCCUACGAUGUGUUCAUCAAUCAAAAUUAGAAUAGAUAUUCAUUUAUGUCAUUUACUACUUGUUUGGAACAAAUUCAAAAUGGAGUUUCAAAUAAUCAAGGUAGUCCCCAGAAUUAAUUAUCCCAAAUGUCCUUUUUUUCAAUUAACUCAUUAAACUAAUCGCAUAUAAUUCAGCAAUCCUUCACCAUGAAAUAAUUGAAUGAAAUCUUCUAAAUGCAAAAGGACUUAGGCAGUCAAGAAGGGUUGGCAAUCACAACAGUAUUAUUGACGCACACCUUUAUUCGAUUUAUGAAUCUCAUUAUUGACUAUUUCAACAGAAACCAAUUGUUGGAGACCCAAGAUCUCUUAGAAUAAGCAUCGAUAAUAGAGAAAAUAGAAUAGAUCCAUUAAUACUUUAGUCAGUAAUUGAAGUAAUAGAAAUUAUUUCAGGGACCCUUGGGAGGAUUCGAGGAGUUGGUAUAAGUGAUGGAGAAAUUCAAGACACUUGUAAACUACUCCUUAUCCAAUAAGCAUGAUAAUUCAAGUCCCCCUGAAAUAUUUUAGAUUAAGGAGAACAACUUAAGCGUUGCAAUUUCAUAGAAAGCUAUCGAUGAUAUAGUUAGAUUCAAGGACAAGAGUGUUUUCUAGGCCUUGAAUAAGGUGUUAUUGAAAUUGAAACUGAAGCGGAUUGAAUUAGACAACGAUAUCUUGGAGCAGAAUGCAAUAGUGCAAUUAAUUAAAAAAGAAUAUCGCAAUAGGAGUAAAGAGUAAUACAGUUUAAUAUUCAUAAAUGUCUUAAUUGAACUACUAUAAUAAUAGACUUAAUUUUAGAGGAAUCGCAAUUUGGAAUACCCAAAUACGAUUUUUAUGUCUCAUAUUAAUUACAUAGUAUAAUUGUAGAGAUUAUUAUAAGCCGAAACAAAACCAGUACAAUAGAUAAUCAACACCAAUAUUGAAAAACAAGAUCCAAAAUAUCCAAAUUUUUAAAAGAACUUCGACAGUUUCCUGCAAUACUUAUCAACCAAAAUCAUUCCAUUCUUAUUUAAAAAGGUGAUCGUAUAUCAAGAUUAGCCAUAUUUGUCAAUAGUGAUCAAUAGUGGUAAGUAUUCAAUCAUAGUUCUUGAAUUCAUCAGGUAUUUGGCAGAGGGACAGAAUUAAGAAAUGCAGAAUUAUGUGGGGGAAUCAGGACUAUUGCUGUGCAUUCUCAAAUUAUUGGUUGAUCUAUUUAAGUCAAAAUAGAUUCUAGAAAUAGUAAGGGAAACCAAUAAUCAAAACAAAAUUAAAUCACAAACUAAGGCUAGUUUUUAAAAAGCAGUUCACAAUGUACGAACUAUGCAACUGAAGAAGAAGAAUAGCAGUACUACUGAUUACUUAUUGAAAUUCUUGCAAAAAAGGAAAAACAGUUAGAAGUAAACAAGUACUUAGAAUGAGUUUAUGCAAUUUGGAAUUCACAGUACUCAAGGGGAUUAGUAUGGAAUUGAUGUGUCAUAGGCUUUUCUUAAACUCUUUGCUCAUACAAUCAUAACUAUUGCGGAAUUCAACCAGGGCUCUUAAUAGAACAAUUAAAAAUUAACCUUUAAUGAAUUAAGUAAAAACAGAGUUUGGCAAGUCAUCAUCUAAAUCCUGACUGUAAGGACAAAUGAAAAUCAAUAAAAUAGUGUGUAUACACUUCGACUUUAUAUAUUUUAAUUGAUUUUGUCAUUGCUUGAAGAUCCAGAGAGAAAUCCAGAUGACUUCCAAUAUAUCAUGAAUCUCAUUAAUCACAAACUAUUAGAAGAAACCCUCACAUAGACGUAUAGAGCGUUGAUAAUAUUUAAUAAAUUAGACCUAAAGGAUUUAGCUACAAUUGACAGUCAAUUGACUGAGAAGUAUAGAAGAGAAUUAGGAGACAAUAUAAACGAGUCAUUGAUUUUCGAUUCCAAAAUGCUUAUAAAAAUACUUUAUUAAAUCUACAAGAUGUUGAAUUUAUAUGCUACCAGCAGUCUUGAAAUAUGUUAAUACUUAAAAGAUCAAAAGUAGUAAUGUUAGUAGGGUCAACCACAAUUAUUCAAAAGAGAAGGAGAUCAUCUGGCAAAGUCAGCCUUUUAAUUUAUAUUCAAUAUAGUUGGAUCAAUAGAAUACGUGAAUCAAAAGGACUAGAUUGAGAUUUUCCAUUUUCUCAAACCUCCUAUGUGUUUUUUCUUAUCUGAAGAAACCAAAUUAUAAUUCUUAAUAGAAACAAUAGACAGAUCAAAUCCAGCAUCUAAAUUGGCAUCCAUAUUUGACUCCAUCCCUCAAUUCAUGACUGAGAUGAAAGAAAACAUGUCAAAGUAUAGAAAGUCCUUAUUCUUCUAAAGAUUAAUCAGUGUCGCCAUAUCACCCAAGUAACUAGCUCAUUAUUUAUACUUAGUUUCAAUCACACCCAAUUGGCUACGUCUAUUACAGCGUUGAAUAUCAUAGUAAUCCUUUUGAUAUCGAACACGGCUUUCGUGAAAAUAGAAAAUGAAGAGAAUCGCAUUUCAAUGAAAUACCAGGAGUCUCAUUCUGUGGCAUUGACACUUUGUCAAAUACUAUUAAUAUUCAUGUCACUUUUGGCUUUGAUUUGUUAAUUGUUUUUCCGAAUGAGUAUCUAUUACCAAAUCAGUUGCAAGGAGGUUAAGCACACAUUCUACAACACAUUUGUUAUCAUGUUCUAAAUAUUGCAGAGGAGAGACAUAUUCUAGUUUUUCUUGCAUUUUGUACUGAGCAUUUUAGGAACCUUUGAGCCCUUCUGUUUUUACUUGCAAAGCUUCUGUUUUAUUUACAUCUCUUAGACAAUGUCGUCAGUAUUGGAAGCAUUGCGAUUGAGAUGGUAGCAAUUCCUGGGAAUUUUCAGCGUUUUGCUCAUUAUUUUGAAUGCGUACAGUUACAUAGGAUUCAGGAGAUUUGCAACCAGUUUUUAAUUGGAUGUAAUAGUGCAUCCAGAAGAUGAUAUUCAUGAAGAGGAAUUGCUUUGUGACACUCCUGCUCAUUGUUUUAUAAGUUUGGUGUAUUUUGGGUUAAGGGAGGGUUCUGGAUUAGCAGCUCAUGGGGAUAUUGAGAGUUAUCACAAAUCAUCUGAUUAUUACCCACGAUUUCUAUUUGAUUUUAGUUUUUUCAUAAUUGUAACUCUCAUUAUGAUCAACAUCAUCAAUGGUAUCAUAAUAGACACAUUUGCGGAACUGAGAGACAAGUAGUAACAAAACGAGUACGACAGAAACAAUGUUUGUGUAAUAUGUUCAUUGGAGAGGUAACAGAUCUUAAGUAUAUGUAUCUAGAUGGGAGUUCGAGAAGCAGGGUUUGCAAUUCCAUGAACAUGUGGAUGAAGUUCAUAGUCUUUCAAAUUACAUCGCUUUUAUAGUGCAUCUGCUUUAGGUCGGGAAACAAAAUAUGAAUGGAAUCGAAACCCACAUCUACACAAAAAUUAUCAAUAGGGACAUGAGUUGGACUCCAUUGAAAUAAACACAAUAGUUACUCGAUAAGUUAUGA